GCCUCUUUGCCCUACGGUUCUCAACUUCUCCUUCUCCUACCUGUUUUAAAGCAUCUCCAUAAGCUUGCAAUGAGUGGGAUCAUAGAGUGGGCUUUUGGGCGGCGCCAAACACCUGCCGAGAGGCUCCGAAAACAUCAACGAGCUCUCGAAAAGGCUCAACGGGAACUCGACAGGGAACGCAUGAAGUUGGAACAACAGGAGAAGAAGCUUAUUGCUGAUAUCAAGCGCUCGGCUAAGAAUGGGCAGAUGGGAGCAUGCAAAAUUCAAGCGAAGGAUCUCGUUCGCACUCGAAGGUAUAUCCAAAAGUUCUACCAAAUGAAGACCCAGCUCCAAGCUGUGUCGCUGCGCAUCCAGACCGUCCGCUCCAACGAGCAGAUGAUGGUAUCCAUGAAGGGUGCUACCACGCUCCUUGGCUCCAUGAACCGUUCAAUGAACCUCCCCGCGCUCCAACGCAUCGCCAUGGAAUUUGAAAAGGAGAACGACAUCAUGGACCAACGACAGGAGGUCAUGGAUGACGCCAUUGACGAUGUUACUGGAUUGGACGACGAGGUGGAAAGUGACGAGGUUGUCAACCAAGUUCUUGACGAGAUAGGCGUGGACAUGAGCCAGCUGCUUGGGGAAACCCCCACAGGGCUUGGCAAUAUGAAUGCCGCCUCUGAAGGGAAAGUUGCUCAAGCGGUUGGUGCGGACAGCAUGGACGAUGACCUUCAAGCCCGGUUGGAUAGCCUUCGACGUUGAUAUCUGAACAAUUUUGUUCUCCCCCGUGCUUUUAUUCUCUUUAUGGGUUUGGCGUUCGCUGUUAUGUUAGUUGAGCUGUGUUAACUCCUCUAAUCGACCUUAGUUGUUCAAGUUUGCUAUUGUUUCCUCAGGACGGAAGGGCUGUUCGGGUUACCUUUUUUUUUUUUUCUUCUUCUUCCGUUUCUCGCUUGUUCUCAUUUCCUUUCUACCCUAUCACGUCUUGUCCUGUCAUGUUUAUCCCGCUUUUCCCUUCCCUCAUCUUCUCCCCUCAGAUAAAUAAGUUAUAGUAGCGAAAAACCACUGCGCACUGGCCAUUUAUAAAAGAAAGUUAUGAUUCCC